AUGGAAGUUUUCUUCGUGGACGAUCCGUCCACUAAGCAUCGAGAGAAAGCGCGCUCUUUCGUGGCCAAGAAUGCGAUCAGGAGGCGAGUCAAGGAACAGGAAGCGGCAAAGCAUGGAUCCGUCAAGUCUGCUUGGACUGUCACCACCGUUGACAGGCCCAGGAAAGAUACCCACGCUAGAAAGCACAUCAACCACCAAAGCGCACUAGAACUAAGCUCGCAUAUACCAAGGGAGCUGCCUGUAUCGCUUAGCAAUGAUGUGGCUAUAUCCAACAGCAACACGCCCCGGAAAAUGAGGGGCAUAUGGGGUGUCAGCAAUGCCCUAUGCCCCAACCCCGGACACGCAGCUCGUAGCGCAUUUCGAACAAGCAAUAUUGCAUCAUUCAUCCAGGCUGCUACUAACAUGUUCAACAAGGCCAGAUUUGGAAAGUUCAAUAGCCCCGAAGAGCAAAACAAGUUACAUAUCAUGGCACUUACAUAUCGAGGAGAAGCUAUGAAAUUGGCUCGACAGCAGCUGGCCAUCGCGACGAAAGAUUCCGAACAGAUUUUGGACUUGACUCCGUCACGAAACCGAGACUUAAAGGCGGAAUCUCAAUUUCUUAUCAUUCUACAGCUUGUCUUGAUGGAUUAUAUUUUCUUUCCGGCACAGGCUCGAGCUCAUUUUGCGGCGAGCAGAGAAUUUAUACGUUCAUGGACGGCUGGCUCACAAGGCACUAGCGAUUCUAUCAAUAGAAUACCGACAUUCAUUCACAACCAUUCAAUCACUCAGAUUGCGAUUGCAUUCGAUAAUGCGCACUUAGGGCCAGAUAGUCUGUUCUGGGAUCGAAGCGACCUGCCCGAACUGCAAAAAUCUCUACAGAGGUUCGUGGCUAGGUUGUCAGAGGCCGCAUUAUACACAACAUCCACAAUAUACAAGCCACGAAUUCAUCCGGAAAGCUUAGUCUGGCAGAGCCUGACGAAGAACCCGGGAACCAUUCCAUACGACCGAGGAAACUAUCUUUCCGAAGCUGAUGGACAAAUGGCGGCUAUCAUGCUCAUCUGUUCCAUUUUUAUAGACUACGAGCCUUCUUCCAAUGUCCCACAACAAUGUUUGUCAGACCUAGAGAGCGCCAUGAUCUCCCUUGGGGACGAGGCCCUUGUGAGCGUGCUCAACUUGGCAUGGAUGAUGGCAGGGGGGAUCGGUUUGCCGAUUGAGAACCGGCGACAGCGGCUUUACUCGACGGCGGGAAUGCUAUAUGUUUUCCGGGGACAGCAGCACCCUCUCGACAACGACGCGGACCUAUCAAACCGAGUGGAUAAUCAGUGCGAUUUUACAGGGGAUGAAGUGAGGAACGCAUGCCUCAACUUUCUGGCUGCAAGUGUUGAUUGA